AUGAAGUGAAGUUUCAUUUAUGGUAGAAGCAUUUUCACUUCUGGCUGUUGGAACAUCAAUGAUUGGCACCCUCAUCGGCUUCUCGGAGUUCUUUAAGGAGCAGCUUAAGGACCUGUCAUGGAAUUCUUCUUCGUACAGAUAACGCCAUUGGCAGGGGAUGAGGUACAGCAGGAACCAGACAAACCCUUAGCACUGACAAAUUGGUGGGGAGAAACAAAAACAAGGUUCACAGCAAUGGCAAUGGUGGUCACUCCAACACUUUUAGUCUCCACAAACAGUUCCAGAUGCCUUCUUGCUGCUACUGAUAUUGCUGUAAGUUCAAUAACACAUCUGAAUCCACACUUGGAUGCCAUUUUUCUUUUCAUUCCAAAGGUUUUAGGAUGCAGAACUUCAAGCAGGGGUUACUGUAUGACGAUGCUGUAUGGAGUUUCUUCCACCAGCAAUGGCUUGGGCCAUGGAAACCAGAGAAGGUGA